UCAACAUCUCCAUCCAGAAGUACUCCGAUCCUGAGCUUCGUAUUCACCUAUAAACGCCAACGCCUCAACCAGUUUAAGCGAUGCUUCCUCCAUGUUGACUCAGCCAGAUAUCUCUUUCUCUUUCGGACCACCAAGCUUGGUUCCCAUCCCGUUCGGCAUCAUGACCCGCUUUACAACCCUCCUGGCUGGCGCAGCCAUCCUCUUGUCAACCGCUGGGCUUGUUCAUGCCGAGUGUCAAAACAUGAAAGUUGACUGUGGUUGGAGUCUUAUACGUGGCGGAUCAGCAAGCGAGGAAGACAUACGCGAUGCCCUCGUGAGAGCCAAUCAACCAACAGACCCAACACACAUGUACGAUUCGACUUUCGCCUGCGAAGUGGUUUACGAUGGCAUAGCUGUAUGGGUGACGGUGUUCGAUAAAUGGUGUGGAGGACCAAAUACGUGCGGAGCCAUUCAUGACGAGUUUGGGUAUUCUACUGGUUGUUUAUCGGAUGGAUGAACCUACUUGUAUUUCGUCUGGGGUUUUUACUCCCCUUUCCCUGUCCUGCUUAGUUUCUUUGUUGGGUCAUCGACGGAGAUAGCGCCAUUGCCAUUCUCGGACAGACAGAGGCCGGUGUUUAUUUUCCAUAUGGAGAUGUGUUGAACAAUGUUUCAGCCUCUAUCGAGCUCCAACAGUCCAAUGUCCGGGUGAACAUUGAACCAAGACAUUCCAUGUAUUCGACGUGUUAU